AUGGCUGAAGAAAACUUGAUAAGAGUUUUUGUAUAUGGGACUCUGAGAUAUGGAUUAUUAUAUCAUCACAAGCUUGUAAAUCCAAUUUUUGAAGGAGAAGAUUAUAUGAUACAUGCUGAAUUAUACUCAAGAGUUAAUGGGACACUUUCUUAUGCAAUGGAAGGUAAUGGAAAAAUUAAAGGAGAAAUUUAUUUAAUUAGGAUAGAAGAAAUACCUGAGCUUGAUGCAUUUGAAGAGAUACCUGAAUUUUAUAUAAGAAAAGAAGUGGAAUUAGAGAGCGGAGAAAAAGCAUUUUCUUAUUUAUAUAAAAAUAGAGAGGAUAUUGUUAAGUAUUUGAAUAGUGGGCUUGUGGAAGCUGUUGAAGAUGGAGAUUAUGUAGCCUAUCUUGAUAGAAAAGGAUUAUUAAGUGAUGAGAUAAAAGAAAUUAGAAGACAGAGAGGAUUGUCGUAA